GCAGUGCUGCGAGCCGCGGGGUGUCAGCGGCGGCCCUGUGAUGGCGGCGGCGGGGCGCCGGCAGCCGCGCAGGCUGGGAGCGCCGAGGGGGCUGUGCCGCUCCUAACUCGGCUUCGGGCCCCUGAGCCAUGGGGAAGAAUCGCGGCGGACGCCUCGCCUGAGGUGGCGGCGACAGCGGAGGGCACGGCACAGCCGAGGGGGCCCCGCCGCGGGGGCCGCGACCCGCGCCGCCGGGGAUGUUGCGGUGGGUCCGGCAGCAGCUGGGUUUUGACCCGCCGCAUCAAAGCGAUACGAGAACUAUUUAUAUAGCAAACCGUUUUCCCCAGCAUGGCCAUUAUGUUCCUCAGAAGUUUGCAGACAACAGAAUCAUAUCAUCCAAGUAUACAGUGUGGAAUUUUGUUCCAAAAAACCUAUUUGAGCAGUUCAGAAGAGUAGCCAACUUUUAUUUUCUGAUUAUUUUUUUGGUUCAGCUUAUGAUAGACACCCCUACUAGUCCUAUUACCAGUGGAUUGCCAUUAUUUUUUGUCAUAACUGUGACAGCCAUAAAACAGGGUUAUGAAGACUGGCUACGACAUAAAGCAGACAAUGAAGUAAAUGGUGCUCCAGUUUAUGUUGUUCGAAGUGGUGGCCUUGUGAAAACUAGAUCUAAAAACAUCCGGGUGGGAGACAUUGUCAGAGUAGCCAAAGAUGAGACUUUUCCUGUUGAUCUGGUUCUUCUGUCAUCUGAUCGAGUUGACGGUUCAUGCCAUGUUACUACCGCAAGUUUGGAUGGAGAGACCAAUCUUAAGACACACGUUGCGGUCCCAGAAACAGCAGUGUUACAGUCCGUUGCCAACCUGGACAAACUUGUGGCUGUUAUAGAAUGUCAGCAGCCAGAGGCAGAUCUAUACAGAUUUGUUGGAAGAAUAACUAUAAGUCAACAAGCUGAAGAAAUUGUACGACCUCUUGGGCCUGAAAGUCUCUUACUUCGUGGAGCAAGAUUAAAAAACACUAAAGAAAUAUUUGGUGUUGCAGUGUAUACAGGUAUGGAGACAAAGAUGGCAUUAAAUUACAAGAGUAAAUCUCAGAAACGGUCAGCAGUAGAAAAGUCCAUGAAUUCCUUUUUGAUUAUUUAUCUAAUAAUCCUCCUCUUUGAAGCCAUUCUGAGCACUAUUUUAAAGUAUGCAUGGCAAGCUGAAGAAAAAUGGGAUGAGCCUUGGUAUAAUGGAAAAACAGAGCAUGAAAGAAACAGCAGUAAGAUUCUGAGAUUUAUUUCAGAUUUUCUUGCUUUUCUGGUCCUUUACAACUUUAUCAUACCUAUCUCACUUUAUGUGACUGUUGAGAUGCAGAAGUUUCUUGGAUCUUUUUUUAUUGGCUGGGAUCUUGACCUCUAUCACAAGGAAACAAACCAGAGAGCACAAGUAAAUACUUCAGACCUCAAUGAGGAGCUGGGCCAGGUAGAGUAUGUGUUUACAGACAAAACUGGCACAUUAACUGAAAAUGAGAUGCAGUUUCGGGAGUGCUCCAUUAAUGGCAUAAAGUACCAAGAGGUCAAUGGUAAACUAACACCAGAGGGUUUUUCUGAAGAUUCUCCAGAUGGAAAUAGGCAUGGUUUGAUGAAAGAGGAAGAACUCUUCUUGAAAGCAGUUUGUCUUUGUCAUACAGUGCAGAUCAAUGCAGAUCAAACAGAUGGUGCUGAUGGCCCCUGGCAUGCUAAUGGAAUAGCACCCCAGUUGGAAUAUUAUGCUUCCUCACCAGAUGAGAAAGCUUUAGUUGAAGCUGCAAGCCGGGUUGGAGUAGUAUUUACUGGAAUUAGUGGGGACAGUAUGGAAGUAAAAAGUCUUGGAAAACCAGAGAGGUAUAAAUUGCUUCAUGUUUUGGAGUUUGAUCCAAACCGCAGACGCAUGAGUGUCAUCGUAGAGAGUCCCUCAGGGGAAAAGCUUUUAUUCACAAAGGGAGCAGAAUCCUCCAUUCUUCCUCGUAGUAACAGUGGAGAAAUAGACAAAACAAGGAUACAUGUGGAUGAAUUUGCUUUGAAAGGACUGAGAACUUUGUGCAUAGCCUACAGAAGAUUCACACCUGAGGAGUAUCAAGAAAUUGGCAAACGCCUUCAUGAGGCCAGGACUGCCUUACAGCAACGGGAGGAAAGAUUAGCAGAUGUAUUCAACUUCAUAGAAAGGGAUCUGGAGUUACUUGGGGCUACAGGAGUAGAAGACAAACUGCAGGAGAAAGUCCAAGAAACUAUAGAAGCACUCAGGUUGGCUGGCAUCAAAGUGUGGGUACUCACUGGAGAUAAGCACGAAACAGCUGUUAGUGUCAGUUUAUCAUGUGGACACUUUCACAGAACCAUGAACAUCCUUGAGCUUGUGCAACACAAGUCAGACAGCACAUGUGCAGAACAACUGAGGCAGCUAGCCAAGAGAAUAAAGGAAGACCAUGUUAUCCAGCACGGACUGGUUGUGGACGGCACCAGCCUUUCUCUCGCACUCAGGGAACAUGAAAAACUGUUCAUGGAAGUUUGCAAAAACUGCUCUGCAGUGUUGUGCUGUCGCAUGGCACCCCUUCAGAAAGCAAAGGUAGUGCGACUGUUAAAAACAUCUCCAGAGAAACCUAUAACAUUAGCAAUUGGUGAUGGUGCUAAUGAUGUGAGCAUGAUACAAGAAGCACAUGUUGGCAUAGGAAUCAUGGGCAAGGAAGGAAGACAAGCUGUAAGAAACAGUGACUAUGCAAUAGCACGGUUCAAAUUCCUCUCCAAGUUGCUUUUUGUUCAUGGACACUUUUACUAUAUUAGAAUAGCAACCCUUGUACAGUACUUUUUUUAUAAGAAUGUGUGCUUUAUUACACCACAAUUUUUAUAUCAGUUCUUCUGUUUGUUUUCACAACAAACGCUCUAUGACAGUGUAUACCUGACUUUGUACAAUAUUUGUUUCACUUCCUUGCCUGUCCUCAUCUACAGUCUUUUUGAACAGCAUGUGCAUCCGCAUGUACUGCAGAGCAAACCUGUGCUCUAUCGAGACAUCAGUAAAAAUGCCCAUCUGGGGUUUAAACCAUUUCUUUACUGGACCAUCUUGGGCUUUUUUCAUGCAUUUGUUUUCUUUUAUGGCUCUUAUCUUCUAAUGGGAGAAGACACCUCUCUGCUGGGAAAUGGCCAGAUAUUGAAACCUAACAGACAAAUGAUGUUUGGGAACUGGACAUUUGGUACUUUGGUCUUCACUGUUAUGGUUAUCACCGUUACAAUGAAGAUGGCACUAGAAACUCACUUCUGGACAUGGAUAAACCAUUUUGUUACUUGGGGAUCCAUUGUAUUUUAUUUCAUAUUCUCCUUGUUUUAUGGGGGAAUUAUCUGGCCAUUUUUACAUACCCAGGACAUGUACUUUGUAUUUGUUCAACUGUUGUCAAGUGGUUCUGCUUGGUUUGCCAUAAUCCUCAUAGUAGUUGCUUGUUUGUUUGUUGAUGUUGUGAAGAAAGUGCUGUACAGACAUCUACAACCAACAAGUACUGAAAAAGCUCAGCUUACUGAGGCAGGUUCAGGUAUCAACUGCUUGGACUCCAUGUGCUGCUUCUCAGGUGGGGAAACAGCAUGCACAUCUGUUAGAAGAAUGCUGGAACGACUAAUGGGAAGAUGUAGUCCCAGCCGGGUCAACAGUGUUUGUAAGGUUACCGAAGAAACAUGCAUUUAAACAAUUCAGGAAGAACUUAAGAGUCCAUCUGUCUGCCAAGGUAUAUUUUUCUAUUUGCAGUAACUCUAAAUCAGUAAUUUCUCAUGUAGUAAGAAUGUAGAAUUGCUUUGCCUAAGACCAGAUUUUUUUGGUCCGCCAAGCAUUCUGGAUGGAAGGAGUGACUGUGUUUUUGAGUACUGAUCUCACAAAGUCUUUGAGAAUUGCUUCUGUUCGAGGAUGAAAGAUUUUUUGUGUAUUUCUUUGACAGCUAAAGUGUGUGAAACCAUUCACUGUGCGUUGGGUGCAGUGCAGAAUUCUUCACGAAGAAGACUGAACAGAAUACAGCCAAUUCCAUCUUAACGCCAGCAUUCAUCUCUCUGUUUAGAGUAUGAAUGGGUUGAGGGAGGAUUUCCCACAGAGAGGAAAUGCUUUAGAAUUACCUCUUAAGCCUUGAAAUCCGUAACAUAUGGCAGAAGAGCCUAUAGUGGAUGUUUGCAGUUAAAAGCAAGAGUGGUGUGUGGUCACUCUACUAUGCAGUGUCUGAAGAAGCAGCACCUUCUCUGUAGCCACUUUCAAAGGCAGGAUUGAGUUCUCAGCAGAUUUUUAGUUCUUGUUCUGUGAAAAAUAGGGUGGGUUUUUUUCUUCUUGUUACUUAAAAUAACAUAGUUUUAGUUGCCAAACUUGGGCUUUUUAAAGGGUGCAGUGGAAAAAAUGAAGUGGGAAGACCCUCUGAAUGGUUUUGCAAACUCAAAUGUAAAUAUUCUGCUCAAAACAAAUAUUCUGUAUAUUUUUGAAGGUUCUGGGGGAGGGCGAACAAAAACAAAAGUUGCAAAGGAAGGAACGCUGAAACCUUUGGCUUGACAUUCUCAGAGUGAUUUCUAGGGCAAAAGAUGAUGUGAGAAAAGAUUUAUGCAAUUUAGAGUGCAUAGUAGACAACUAUAAUUUCAUACUGGAAACCUUUGGUAAUACUUUCAAACAGGUUUUUUAUGACAGUAUAACUUCUAUAUUGGGAAGGGGG